AUGCACCGCGCAGCCCUCCGGGCGUUUCGCACGACAUCCUCAUACUUGACCGCCGCCCGCAACCUCUCCCGCGCCUCCCUCUUCUCCGCUGCCAGGCACAACGCCCGUCGCCAGGCUGCUGCCAAUGAGCCUCUGAGGUCCUCCAUGUACUUUCGCCGUCUGCCCGUGGCGCUCGUGUCCGGCAUUGUCCUCGGCUACGGGGCCUGGUACUCGAUCAACACCACCGGCGCUCGGACUGUCGCCCGCAGCUUCGCCUCCACCCAAGGUACCGCUACUCCUCCUGACGAUGCCCCUCCCGCACGCACCGUUCUGGUAGUCGGAGCAGACGAGCUAAGGCAAGGCACCAUCGUGGGCGAAGGACCCAUCUCCAAGCCCACCACGGACGGCCGCCGCAUCGUUGAGAUGUUAACCCCGGACCAGGCUACGGAGAAGCUGCGAAAGCUGGAGCAAUCCUUCUCCGUGAACCGCGGCCAGGGCGUCACUCGCUAUGACUUGGUGCAGCUGCCCAGCAACGACCCCAUUGAGGAUGAUCACGCCGAGAAGAUUGUCGAGGUGCCCAGCCGGUCAGCCGGGGCCGAGGGGUCAAGUAGUGACUGGAUGUUCUGGGGUGUAUUUGACGGCCACUCCGGCUGGACGACAUCGGCUACUUUGCGCGAGAGCCUCAUCAGCUACGUGGCCCGGGAGCUCAACGAGACAUACAAGGCGGACAAGGGCAACUCUCCGUCCGACGAGGCCAUUGACCAGGCCAUCAAGACGGGCUUCAACCGCCUGGACCAUGAAAUCGUCCACAAGAGCGUGGAAAGGGUGUUCAAGGCAAGCUCCAAGGCUGUUGCCGCCGAGCUGCUGCAGCCGGCCCUGUCUGGAUCCUGCGCCCUGCUCUCCUUCUACGACAGCCGCAGCAACCUGCUCCGCGUGGCCUGCACAGGAGACUCACGGGCGGUGCUCGGGCGGCGGUCCGGGUCGGGCAGGUGGACCGCCACCGCCCUGUCCGAGGACCAGACCGGCGGCAACGCCAAGGAGGCCGCCCGCAUGCGCAAGGAGCACCCUGGCGAGGACAACGUCGUCCGCAACGGCCGCGUCCUGGGGGGCCUGGAGCCCACGCGCGCCUUUGGCGACGCCGUCUACAAGUGGAGCCGGGAGGUGGCCGGCAAGCUCCGCAGCAGCUUCUUUGGGCGCAGCCCGUCGCCGCUGCUCAAGACGCCGCCCUACGUCACGGCCGAGCCCGUCGUCACCACGACCAGGAUCCAGCCCGACAAGGGCGACUUUGUCGUCCUGGCCACCGACGGCCUCUGGGAGAUGCUCACCAACGAGGAGGUCGUCGGCCUGGUCGGCCAGUGGAUCGAGGGCCAAGCCGCCGGCGCCGGCGCCGGCUCGUCGUCCCCGUCGUCCCAGUUCGAGGCUGUCUGGUCCAAGAUCUUUGGGCCGCCCAGCAGGCCGCUGCCCGUGGAGCAGGCCAAGGCGGACGGCGUCGACGGCCAGAGAACCCCCAUCCGCCUGCAGCAAUGGGGCAUCAGCCCGGACGCAAAGGACCGCUUCACCGUGCGGGACAAGAACGUCGCCACGCACCUGGUGAGGAACGCCCUGGGCGGCAGCAAUGACGAGCAGGUCUGCGCUUUGCUCACCCUGCCGGCGCCUUUUUCGCGAAGAUAUCGCGACGACCUCACCGUGCAAGUCAUCUUCUUCGGCAACGGCCCCAAGACAGGCGAAGUGCUCGUCAACCUCGACGCCACGGCCGACGCGGCCGAGCCCCGGGCCAAGCUCUAG